AUACUCGAGGUCAAGAAAAUAUAACGGGAGAGACACAAGAAAAUAUAACAGAAGAGUUUAUAAUUGAAGCAAAUGAAGACGAUGAUAACAUUAUUAUUAUUGGUAGUAAUGAAGAUACGGUACUUGAUAGUUUGUUGCAAAAGCUCAAAGAAUUACAACAAUAA